AUGGAUCAAUCAGCCGAUCCACCCAGUUCUUGCUACCUACACCCAGCUGAAGCUAACAACCCAUCCAGCCCCUACUAUCUGCACCCUGGUGAGAACCCAGGUCUCACUCUCAUUGCCCAGACUCUGAACAAAAACAAUUAUUCCUCAUGGAGCAUAAGCAUGAGGAGAGCUUUGCUCUCCAAGAAUAAAACAAAGUUUAUUGAUGGGUCCAUAAAGAAACCCCAGAAAACUGAUCCACUGUUUGAUGCAUGGGAAAGGUGCAAUGUAAUGAUACUAUCCUGGAUUACAAAGACACUCUCCCCACAGAUUGCUGAGAGUGUCAUAUACGUUGAAGAGGCCAAGGAAUUAUGGGAUGAGCUGAAAGAAAGAUUCUCCAAAGGAGACUAUUUCAAGAUUUCUGAUUUAUUACAGGAUAUACAUUCUAUCAAACAGGGAGAAAGGGGAGUGAGUCAGUUCUUUACUGAUUUGAAAAUCCUAUGGGAGGAGUUGGAAUUCUUAAGACCCAUUCCUACUUGCACAUGUAAAAUUCCAUGUAGUUGUGAUCUUUCAAGAAUCUCCCUGAAAUACAGGGAAAUGGAACAUGUAAUAUGCUUCUUGAAAGGAUUAAAUGACUCCUACAGCACUGUUAAGACACAAAUUCUACUAAUGGAUCCUCUACCUAAUAUCAAUCCGGUCUUCUCUCUCAUUAUGCAGCAAGAGAGACAAGAGAAAAAUACCUCUCCCGAGGUCAAGAUUCUGGCAAGCACCACUGAUAAGAACAGCGAGUGGAAGGGCCAAGGAAGAGGUUUUGGAUUUCGUGGUCAAGGUAGAGGAAGGGGUAGGAAUCCUAAUCAUGGGAAACAAUGCUCCUUUUGCAACAAGAUGAAUCACACCAUAGAUGAGUGCUAUUCUAAACAUGGAUACCCUCCUUGGUACAAGAAAGGGGACAACAACCAAAACAAGACAGCUGACUGGGGUUCUGCAAAUGCCUGCCAGACCAGCACUUCCACUGAACCUGGAGAUGCUCAGAGCACAAAUCAAGCAAGCAGUAAGGACAUUUUCCAGUCCUUCACGGUUGAGCAAAUGCAUAAACUUCUCAAAAUGAUGGACAAAAUCGAUGAGCCCCCUCACAAGGUUAAUUAG